AUGAUGCGAAAUCACCGGUUUGCGCUGUCGGUGCUUCUCCUGUCGCUUGGUAAAGUGACCUUUGCCCUUCAGCAACAUAUCAAUCAUACACUGACAUACGCAGCAUCGCAUCUGGUCCUGGCACAAGAGAUGCAGAACCAGGUUGACAGCAGAGACACGCACACGAUUGAGCCUCGACAUGACUCCUUCAAGGUCUGGAAUCGCGAGCGAAACGCUCACGCCUGCAUCAUGUCCAUCGUCUUCAUCGUCCUCUACCCCCUAGGCGCAAUCUCCAUCCGCCUCCCCAUCCACCAGAUCCCCUACCUGCGAAACACCUACCUCCAGAACAAGGUCAUGGCCAUGCACGCCCCGAUCCAGCUCCUCGCUUUUGUCAUGAUGAUUGGUGGCAUGGCCCUCGGCAUCAGGGUCGCCCAGUUCCUGGGCUAUAUCCACGAUCCCGUCCGCGCCCACGUCGUCAUAGGCCUCCUCGCCGUGUGCACAAUCAUCCUCUUCCAGCCAGCUUUGGGCGUCUUACAGCAUAGAUACUUCAAGAGAACCGGCCGCAAGAGCAAGUUCGCCUAUAUCCACCGCUGGAUUGGACGGGUUGCCAUUAUCCUGGGCAUGAUUAACACGGGGCUGGGCUUCCAGCUGGCGAAGAAGAAUGUCAUUAUCCACACGCAUACCUCAGCCGUCGAGUGUAAGAGAGCGCGCGGAACCUUCACCCAGGUCAUCUUCCAGUAG